UUUUCCAAUGAAAUUACCAUAUUAUCCAAUUCGUUAUCAACAAAACUCUUUUCUUUUAACGUAAGAGGGAAACGGUAUUCGGUGCUUCCCAAAACAAGCGUUCUAACAUGGAGGGCAAAGAAGGAACAGGGGAAUCAGACACCGAGUCCGUGCUCAUCUCCGAUUGGGCCGAGUUAACCCUCGAGUGCCUCAUCAACAUCCUUUCUCGACUCACUUUCGAGCACCGAUGGACAGGCCCUUUGCUUGUAUGCAAACCAUGGCUCAACGCCUGCAAGGAUCCUUCUCUAAACUCCGUGUUCGAUCUCGAAACUCGGUUCGAUUCCUCCACCGAGUCAACCCGCUGGUGGACCACCGAGUUUGAAAGAAGAAUCGACUCCAUGCUCCGAUCCGUCAUCUCCUGGAGCAACGGCAAUCUAACCAAGAUUCUUACCCGUCAUUGCUCGGAUGACUCUAUCAAUCUGGCCGCUCAAAGGUGUCCAAAUCUCCAAGUUCUUUCUAUAAAAACCUGUCCCCGCGUGACCGAUGCCUCGAUGGCUCAAAUAGCGUAUCAUUGUCGGAACCUUAAACAACUCGACAUCAGUUACUGCUAUGAAAUCUCACACGAAUCUCUGGUGUUAAUAGGUCGGAAUUGUCCCAACCUAAAGGUUUUAAAAAGGAACCUGAUGAAUUGGUUAGACCCAUCGCAACACGUGGGAAUCGUUCCCGAUUAUUAUCUAAAUGCUUGUCCACAAGAUGGGGAUACAGAAGCAGCUGCGAUUGGGAAAUUUAUGCCUCAAUUGGAGCAACUUGAAAUUAGAUUUUCCAAGUUAUCAGCUAAAGGUCUUGGUUCGAUUUGUGAAGGGUGUUUGAAACUUGAGUACUUGGAUUUGUCUGGGUGUGCUAAAUUGACUAGUCGGGAUAUUGUCAAUGCGACAUCGAAUUUGAAGGAUUUGAAGGAGGUGAAGAAGCCGAAUUUUUAUAUACCCAGGUCAGUUUUUCAUGCUGAGAGAUAUGGGCAUUGGAGGUUGUAUGAUGAGAGGUUUCAAACUGAUGUUUUUCGAAUCUAGGAGAAAGAAAAAGGAACAUGCUCUCAAUCGCUUUGCUUUACUAUUUGUGUAUUACCGUAUUAUGAAUCAUCUGUUCAUGUUUGAUUGUAUGAUGACAUGGUGUUUUGCUCAAUUCGUUGUAAUGUAAUACUUAUUUUCCCUAUCACUAGUUUCCCCUUUGUCCAUUGUUUGAUCUCUGAAAGGGAAAAAAGAAAUAGCCAAUGAACCUAUUUUGAAUUGA